AUGGGUUUGAUAUCGUCCGAGUCUUGGAUAGCAGAUUCCUCUGUCGAGUCUUGUGGUGGCUUAUUCGAGUCGGUAUCGGCAUUUCCAGUGGUUCCAUUUGCUACAGGAACAGGCUUGUUCCCGUUGGAAAAUGCCCCUUGGUUGGCAAAGGAAAUCAACAAAACGAGCCAGAUCACGAAAAUCACGAUACUGAAGAUGGUGAGUCUCCGUCUGUUAUGGGGAAGACUCAACGAAUGGCGUAUUCUUUGUUUAAGCGAAAGCCCCGAGACGUCACCGGAAUGGCUAGAUAGCCGUUUAUUCCGUAGCCGUGGAUGCAAUGUCGUCAAAGAUCACAAACCAAUGGUCGGAAAUUCAAUAUUAUUCGCAAUUCAAGAUGUUGGUGUCCGUGUCAGAACAGAAUCUAAUAAGGAGGGAUGA